GGUUACACUUGCUUGAAAAAAGCCUGCCGGACAAUACGGGAAUCAGAACCAUCGUUUCAUUGGCAUCGUUUUCAAUUAUUAAUUGUUACAAGUUUACCAUAUAUAAGGACAGGCAGGAGUUUCAACGUUUCAAUUACUACAUCCAAAUGGCGACUGGACGACAUUACAAGCGGGGCUCCGAUUUGCGUUUGUCCUGCAGUCUGUGCAUGGAGUCCUAUCGUGGUCGCACUCCCAAGCUGCUGCCAUGUUUUCACACCUUCUGUCUGCCGUGUCUGGAGAACAUCGUCGUCACCGCAACGUCCAAGAAAUCGGCUUCACACGCAGACGACAGUCCGGUGAAAGACACGAAGAAAACGUGCGAAGAGAACAAGCAAAACAUAGAGGUUACUGAGAAGGAAACGAAUCCUGAAGAAAAGAAAGAAGACAAAAUUGAUGACAGUACCGAGGAGGAAGAAGACAAGGAAGUGAUAUUUCAGUGUCCUACAUGCCGUGUCUCUAUACCUGUCCCCGCAGGUGGAGUGAGUCAGUUUCAGACCAAUUUCUACGUGGACUGUGAUGAUGAACCUGACGCCAGUCUAGACCUACCUGUAGAGUGUGACACGUGUGAGGACGGCAGCCGCGAGACAGCGACACACGAGUGCGGAGACUGUCGUCACAGGAUGUGCUCCCGAUGCAGUCGUAUGCACCCCAUCCAUGCGCAAGGUCACCGCGUGCGACCUCUCGAUGCCGGAGCUGUUGGCAAGGCCACCUCCAAAGUCGUGAAGACAAGAGAGUGCCCGAGUCACGCUGGCCAAUCGCUGUGUUUCCACUGUCGUCAGUGUGACGUCAGCGUCUGCCUGCACUGUAAGCUGACGUCACAUGAAGGUCACACUACGGAAGAUUUUAUGGCGGCUGUCACGCGAGCGAAAGGAGAGGUGAACAGACUUAUCGUGACUGCAAACCAGCAGAUCCAAGUGCUGGAGAAUGUACUGGGUCGUCUGGAGCGUGACACGCUAGAGUUAUCCCGACAGAAACAGGAAAUGACGUCAAACGUGACUUCCAAAUACGAAGCGUUGAUGACGUGGGCGACCCGUGCUUGUGACGAGGCUCUGGAGGAGAUGGAGUGUGUGCAGCGUGCAGCACUGACGGAGAUGGAGGCGGAGCGGAUUGUGGCGCGUGACACCAAGCAGCUGCUGUCUCGACUCGUGACACGUGCGGCCUCUUCCUGUCACACCGACGCCGACGCCGACAUCGUCCUGCACAAAUCGGAGCUACAGGCGGCGCUGCUGGACGACGACGCUCUCACCCGGUACCGUCAGCGGGGAAACAAGGAGGGUCACGUGACCUUUUUCACCUACAGGUCUGAUGACAAAGCCGUGCAGCUUGACCAGGUACGAGACUUCAUGGGCAGACAGGAAGGACAGGACCAGGACAAGCAGGACAAGAUGGCGGUGAUGUCAAUGAGAGAACUCUCAGAGAACGCAUUGACAACGAUCCAGUCACUUGAGGAUCUAAGGAUGAACAUGAGGACCAUGACACAAAAUGCAACAAGACUGGUUUCAUUUAGGGUACGUCUGAGUACACCUCUUAAUGUGACGGCAGGUAAUCCUUUUAUAUUCGAUGUGGUCGACUACAACGAAGGUGGAGGCUAUGAUACAGCCACUGGUGUCUUCACGGCCCCCGUCACUGGAACUUACAUCUUCAUGGCCAACUUGUAUGACCAGACAUAUGGGAGUGGCUAUGGCUACAUCUCUCUCUCCAUUGACAGUAAGAAUAUCAAUUUUAUGAACAUUUCAAACUGCGUUGGUAUGAUCCACGAUAUUGUCAGCCUUAAGACCGGCCAGAAAGUGUCUUUAGUACCAGACUCGCAGUUCACAUUAUACAGCAACGACUUAUACACAUUUUACUCUGGUGCUCUUCUGCGUGCCAACCCAAGCGCUGAAUGAAGUCAGUGAAUACAUACAAUGUGCCAACAUCGACAUUCUGGCGCUGUAACAUCUCUGUAAUGAGAAAACCCGUUUAGAACAAUAACAUUUUUGUGUCGACAUACUACCGUUAAUAUUUGAAUAAAAUGAUUGAUAAGAUGUCAAAGUCAAGACAAAACCGCGUGUACAAACUAAAUAUCUGAACGACCAGCUUUUGCUUGUGUAGAUAUUACAUUUGAAUGUUGUUUACUCUAGCACAGGCUGUAAGCAGCGGUCUCUAAAUAUCACGGUAUCAGACUCUUCGGCUCUAUUCAAUAGCUUCAAACCUGCGGACACUUGGAGCAAAUUCUAGAAGUAAAAGUCCAAAUAAUGUUCAAAACGUUGUCGUGCAUAGAACAUGAGAUAGAGACUUACAGGAACUGCCUCCAUCGUCUUCCUCCUAGAUACAUUUUUCCUCCGGUCCUAGUUAUUGCCGGGAAAAGGUCACCUAAAGAAUAAAACAUUAGUUUCCUAUAAAAGUAAUGUAGAAUGCAGUGAACUUCAUCGUUUUACAUUAUCAUCGAACUGAUCUUUUGAGUCACAUGUUUUUUGUGAAAUUUAAAUAAAAACUUACAUCUUCUGAUCAUGAUGGCGAGAGACAAAAAUGACCACAAACAACAAACCUUUUUGUUAAAUUAAAGGAAAGGAAAAUCAGUUUUAUUUAACUGCGACACAUUUUCCUUGAAUGCAUAAAGCACCCCCAUUAUUCACUCUUUUUUUUCUGUAAAUAGAAAGAAAUUUUCUCCCCUGUAAUAAAUAACUCAGACCGAACACGUUCAUACGUACUAACAGUUCUUACAAAACACUGUUAUUGGCUUCUCAAGCAAAUUUUAUUCUUCCUUUCUACCCCAGAGUAUUAAUCUGUUAACCCUGUAACCUCACUGAUAUCUGCCUAUGUCGUAAGUAAAGCGGCAGCUUUAAUUAGUAGUAGCCAUAGCAACCUCUUGAGAUUUACAUAGAAAUCUUAACCAUAUUUCGUUAGUCAUUUGACUAUUUCGAUUCUUAUUAUACUUAAGACAAUUUAAAUAUAGCAUAUGAUAGAAAAUAGUUUUCCUGGGCUUAGAAUUAAAAUAAUUUGAUUAUACCGAUUCAUAAACUGAGUUGAUUUUAUAUUUAUUAAAAGUUUAAUAAACAGAAUGUCU